AGUUACUCACCUGCCCUUUCUUUCUGUUAAGAAUUCAGUUAUUUGCUGUACCGGUACAUGACUUUUGACUACUUCGGUCGGCGGUCUUCCCCACAGCCUUGACACCUAUAAACCUAUUUUGGAAUAUAAGGCAGAGUAUGCGCGUGCAUUGGAGCUUUUAUGGUGCUAUCCUCAGGGCUAUGCAACUGUGUUUUGGGUACAACAGAGCAACCAGGGGCACAGACAUCUUCUAGUUAAAGAACACCCCAGCCCUGAUCCUUCUUCGGCAGUGGACACUCGUGCCAGUGCAUCGCCGGUACAGCCUCCAUUACCACGAAAGCCCGCAUGUGGCUCGCCGGAUUCGAAGUAAGCAGUCGUCGAGAAGUGCUUACAAGCACUCCACAAGCGAGAUAUGCAUCAGGAGUGCGGCAGUCAAGACUCUCAGCCUGAGAAGCAAGUCGGUGAGGCUAAACACGCUGACGGCCAUGGCGACUCAGAGCCCGAUGGCCCGUGUCACGGCUGCCUGGGACGUUGGGUUGGGUGUGCUCGGCAGCAGCAGCCGUCGUCAUCAUUCAAUCAUUCCCAGGGACCGCGUGGGCCCAUGGGUCAGAUGACCCACAAGGCCCAAAGCCAGUAUGACGGGCUAUCCGCCGUGAGAGCUGUUCUCCAGAGGACGUCCUCAGCCCCAACUGUGACGCCAUCGACGCCCAUUGUUGCAUCUCAGCCAAACGCGGUGGCAUCACAUCUGCUACCGCUGACGUCAAGCAGGGCUGACUGUACGGCCCUGCUCACGUCAGCUGACGGCGCCAGAGCGCAUGCAUCUGCAUCUCAUGAGCCGUCUGGGACACCAGCAGCUGCUCUGGGGUUGGUUGGAUCCAAUCCUGUCAGCAACCCAUUUGGUUUGCCGUUGGCAUCUAAGGCGCCGCUACCUGCUGGCACCUCCUGCAUUCCGUUGUCCGCAAGGGCAAGUCAGUCUCCCUUCACCACGGCUGUAGCUGCUACGGGUGACAUAGCAACCCUGUCAAUGUACGGUCCGCCGUCGGGUGGCGUCGAUUGCGGCGGCGGCGCCGGCGGUAGCAGCAAUGCGACUGGCGGCGCCGGCGGCAUGCAUGGUCAUGGACAUGGUCAUGCGCAGUCCAUAAUGAUACCUCGUACCAGUACGGGAUACGGCAUCAGUACAGCCUGCAGCUCCGCUCCUAGGAACACACCAGGGGGCCUGCACUCUCCCCUCAUGGCAACAAGCAGCCGGAUGUCCUCCUUCAACUCCCUCGAAAGCGGCCGCACCUCCACCUCGCGACCCUCGCGCUGGGGCUUCGCACAGCUGGCGGGGUUGCUGUCGGAAGGUUUCCGUUCCUUCACCCAGCGUCUGACGCGGGUGGCUGAGCCCGCGUCCGGCAGCCUGCGAGGCGACGCGGUGGAGGAGCUGAUGCGGUGUGCAAGCAGGAUGGACAUGCUGAGGGCCAUUGCCCAGGCAACGGACUUGAAGCUCGUCUGCCAAGGCGCGAACCGCACUCUGGUGUACCGUGGGUCGGCCGGCGGCAUCCGAGUGUGCAUCAAGUACGUGGCAACGACUGCUUUCGUCGAUAACAUGGCGGCGACAGCGACGGAGGGCCUGCUCAGCCGAGUGCUCGUACACCCCAAUGUCGUACGUACAUUCAGUUGGCAUCUAACCCGAGUGGUUGAGGAAGACAUCACCGGAGAUCUGACGUCAGCCUUGGCGGCGGCGGUCGAGCGUCGCCAGCGGCGGCGGCGGCGGCGGGAUCUGGAGCGGAGGAAAGGCCCGCGGCGGCAGCAGGCGGCUGGUGGGUCGGCGGUGGCCCCGCUUCCGCCGACUACACGAAUGGAGUGGCUUGGUCGGCGGCAGCGUUUCUCAGGAGGGCGAGCUCCAUCAACGCUAGGCUUGGGCGUGGGGGCCGCUGAUGGUGGCAUCAGUAGUGGCGCUGGCGGCGGCGGCAGUGGUGACGGCGGUGGUGAGGGAGCUCAUGCGGCGGCGGGUACGGCACCGCCUGCUGCUGCCGCCGCCGCAUCCGCAGCUCCUGCCGCCGCCACCCUGCAUGCCACCGCGGCCAUGUGCCAGCGGGCGAGCAUGAACGCAAGCAUAAGUGGAGGCAUCAGCGGAACCAUCCGUGAUUUGGGAUCAACCAGCGGCAGCCUCACCAGGACGGCUGACGACAUCCUGGGCCUUACCGACGGCAUCGCCGCUCAUAACGCCGCCGCCGCCGUCAUUGCUGCCGUACAUCAACACCUAGGCAGCGCCGUCGUUAGUGUUGGCUCCGCCGCCAGCAUCUUUGCAUGCGGCGGUGGCGACGGAGGCAACGGAGGCCUUAGCAGCGGCGCCGUCAGUCGCGAUAGACGCAUGCCCUCGACGCCGCCGUUUUUGAAACGCUCCAGUGACAGCCCUGCGGUUAGCGGUAGCAACAGGGCCGGCGGUGAGAUCAUUAGCAGCGGCGGCGGCGCCGCCGGUACGGCAGUCGCUAGCGCUCAGGCGGAUCGUAAGCUAGCAGCGCGUGCGUUCGUCGAAGCCGCCGCCAGCUCGACGCCCCGUACUGGCCGUACAUCGGCGACCGGCUUAGUCAGCGGCGGCACCGGUAGUGCCACGAAAAGCACAUCUCCCCCCUCGGCGGGUAGCGGCGGCAGCGCUCGCAUCCCAGCACCGUAUCUAACCUCACACCUCCCGGCGACGUCGGCUGCGGCUGCUACCUCCGCCGCCGCCACGCCGACGACGUCGCUUGCCGUUGGCGCACCGAGUGCCGCCGCCACCGCCGCCGCCACAACCUUUACAGGUAUCGCAGCCUCCGCAUCCACCGGGGCAGUUGCGAUGGGAAAUGGAGCGGCUGCUACAAUUGCUGCAGUGCGCGGAUUUCUAACGGUCGACAUGGGACGUAGCGGCAGCACCCUAGCCAUGGAUCCUUCCUCGCUCUCCCAGUUGCAAUCAUGCAGCAGCAGCGGGGGUGUUGAAACCCGGCUGCAGCUGUCGCAAACGCCCACCCUCGCCAACAGCCCUUUAGCAGAUGCCACAGCAGCGGCUGGCUCUGGUGCUGCUGCGGGUGCCGGUGUUGCUGCUGCUCUCGACGUGACAGCUGCAGCCGCAGCAGCUGCUUCCUCAUCCGCAUCACCUGAAGCCGUUGCGACGGCUGCUGCUGCUGCUGGUUCCGCUGGAGGCGCUAGCGCUGCUGGUUCUGGCGGCUCUGCUGCCGGAGGUGCAAGCGCCGGUGGUGGCGGUUCAGCUGCUGCUGCUGCUGCUGCUGUGGGCCCGCCUCCCGUGUCGCCGCUGCCCCAGCUGUCAGAGGAGCAGCUGAUGCGCGGGUGGGGCACGCUGCAGGAGAUAUUGCACCUGCUCGCCGCGCGACCGGGCGACUACCUCACCCGGAUCGUGAUGGAGGAGGCGGACCGGGGCUCGCUGAUGGGGGCCAUCCGUGCAGGUUGCUUCGCAGGCGGCUCCCGCUCCUCCCUGCAAGCGCUGCUGCUGACCGCUCGCGACGUGGCCCGCGGCAUGUCCCACCUGCACCGCAACUCCAUCAUUCACGGCGACCUGAAGCCCAGCAACGUGCUGCUCAAGAGCGAUGUGCACGACCCACGGGGCUUCACAGCAAUGGUGGCAGAUUUCGGGCUGUCGCGCAUCGCGCCACGAGGCGUUCUUGAGAGCCCCGAACUUAUGGGCACGGUUGCGUUCAUGGCUCCCGAGGUGGUUGGCGGCAACCGCUACCCGGCCUCCGACGUCUACUCCUUUGGGGUGACCCUCUGGCAUGCAGUUAGCGGAGCAGCGCCGUGGCAGGGGCUCCGGAACAUCCAGAUCAUCAUGGGCGUCCUGCAGGGUCAACUGCACCUAAGCGCGCCCGCCGGCACCCACCCGCCCCUGGCAUCCCUGAUGGACCGAUGUCUGUCACACAACUCGGAUGGCCGCCCCAGCUUUGAAGCCAUCGAGGCGGAGCUGCAGGCAAUGACGGAGGCUCUGGGAAGCUCAGAACCGUGCAAGGCGGACGCCACUUCGCAACGCCCGUUGGGCACAGUCAUCUCAAGUGCAGCCGCAGCAGCAACAGCUGAUGCAGCCUUUGUCGACCGGGCCUCCCCCAGCGUUGUUGACUCGGCGACCACAACCACAACAGUUCCGACAAGCGUCACUUCCAACGCCUCGGCAUGUGUGGCUGCGACUGGUGGUAGUCCUGCACCAACAGCAGCGGCUGCCGCUGUUGCCACUGCGGCUUCUACAGCGGUCAUGGCUAGCAACGCGCAUGCUGGGAUGGCGGCGGGGGCGGCUGCUGCGACCUCCUCGGAGGCUCCUCCAGCAGCCCCAGCAGAGGCUCCGUUGGGCCCUCCUUCUGGCGCGCCUGGUGCAGAACCCGAGCGCAGCGGUGUACACGUUGAAUCCUCCUUGAGUUGCCUCGGCGGUCGUUCCCUAGCGGACGCUGCUGCCCGGCUUGGCGGGACGAAAGCACGUCGUGGUGAGGCGUGCGGAUUAAGGACCACAGCAAGGACCGAAACGGCAGCAGCUGCGGUUAGCCUUACCGGCAUGGCUUACUCGCGCGGCAGUGACUUGGAAGGAAUGAAACACGCGGCCAGCAGUCCUGCUGAUAUUGGCGCGGAAGGAUCCGCCCUCCUUCCAGCGUUGCCGACGCAGCUGCAGCCCUGCCGGUCUCAGGCUGCUGCCGCAUCCGCGGAGACAGACGAGGAGCUCCUUCAACCCCUACAGCACCCCGUCGACUGUCCUGCUAAUACUGAAGCCUCCUCCGUCAGCGCUGGUGACGUUAUCGCCGCCUGCGUCGGCACCAACCACGCCGCCGCCGCCCCCACCUCCGCCUCCGCUGCCAACUCUGGCGACAGCACCACCAACGGCGACAAUAACAAUAAUAAUGACACUGCUGAUGCCGAAGAUGACGGUGAUGGCGCUGAUGAUGAAAUCGUCUUGUCGCUGGCACCAACCCUGCCGUACGGGACAUCACGUAGCUCGGUAUCCGCGGUGCUGGCGGCGACUUCCUCAGCGGCUGCGCUGGGGUACGCCUCCGCCUCCCCCUCCGCCGCCGCCAGUCAGUCCAUUCACACCCUGGCCACCGAACUCAGCUGGUGUCCGUCGGCUAACACCAGCGCGACGCCCCAGACCACGGCUCCGUUGCUGCUGUCCUCCUCGGCGCUCCUCACAAGUGCCUUCGGCUAUGGCGGUGGUGGUGGCGGCGGUUUUGGUGGCGGGGGUCACGGCAGUGGUUGGGGCUACGGCAUGUAUUACUCAACCUCGCCGGUUAAGAGUAACGGUUUUGAGGAGGAGGGGCAAGGACCCAGCUGCACCAUCGGUCGUCGUUUCGGCGGAGGUGGAGGUGGAGGUGGAGGCUAUUGCAAUGUUUCGCCGCACCCAUCGUCAACCGAAGGAGGGGGGCGCUUGAGCAUGUCUGGCUGCAGAGCUGAAGCGAGGAGCGGGGCUCCAGCUGGCUCGGGGGAUACCAGCAGUGCGGGCAGUGCUGGCAUCGGCGCUAGCGCCAGCCCGCGUCCUUUCUUCCAGCACUCCCCCUCCCAGCAACAGCUGCAACAACACCCACAGCACCAGCAGCCUGUGAGGGCAACUCCCUUUCUGACGCCGGUUGGAAGCGGCGCGUUGCCGGUGCAGCCUUGUCACCUCUCGCCCAUACACGAGGAAGCUCAAACGGCAGUGUCACUGGGCAGCGUGGCGAGGAGGAGCAGCGGCAUCAGUGCCGGCGGCAGCAGCCAUGGAAUAGGAAGUCAAGGCGGCAGCGUGGGCAGCCGCGGCACUGGCGGCACUGGCGGCCGUAGCAACAGCCCGGUCCGCAGCCUCGCGGACAACAACAGCACUGGCAGCAGUGGCGAUGCAGGGCUCGCCAAGGCAAGGGGCGCGAGGGGGGCUUCAUGUGCGGCGGGAUUGGCUGUCCAGGGUGUCCGGAGUAACAGGACGGCCGCGCCUGUUUUGGCAACAAGUCCGAUGGAUGGAUCGGUGCUGCAUCCUCCUCAACCGCCGCCACAGUUUGGUUUCCCAGAACGCAUGUACGGCGGGGACUCCCUCAGCGGUCUGCCUGGGCUGUUGCAUGCCGGGCUGAUUGUGCUAGGAGGUAGCCGGGCGUCGCAGCCAGGAGGUAUUAUAGAAUCGACGGCCGAUGAACAGAGAUCUGGUAUUCCAUGACCCAUGGGUCACGAUGUGGAGAUCUGGUGUGUCGCUUCCGCUGGCUCAUUCGGUCCUGGACACUAGGAACCUAGGAACGGGCCCCAUGCAGCGCGUCAGCAUUCGCCUCAUAGCCUGCUAGUAAUACAUUUUGUAUGUUUUGUGUGUUGCUUUUAUGUCUUGAUGCGCAAGGUGCAAUUGGGUCCAGUGGAAUCGAAAGGGACCCUUUUCAUGCCGCAUUCCCUUAUCUACCUCCUCAUCAUUUCCUCUGCCUCCUUUUCUGCCACGGGCCGUCCUCGUGGUAUGUCAUGGGGCGUCCUUCCUCGUCGCCGCAUUUCCGGUGCAUGUACCCUCCUGCGAGUUGCUUCAGAUGACAUGCAGCGGAUUGUGCACCUACAGUAUUGACACACGCCUAGAUCGUAAGGUGGCUUUAGCAAGCACUGUUUAGUAGGAGCAGGGGGCUGUUGGUUAUUAGACACCGCACUGUGGAUUGUUCAUUGGAUUGAUCGCCACUUAUCACUGGUAUUAGAGCAGCAGCCUAGCUUGUAGUAGCAAAAUGUAGGAUUGCCCCGAGCUGAGGACCUCGUAAUUGUGGCCGUCGGUUGGGUUUUAAUGCUUAAAAUCUGGCAAGGCAGGAGGACGAGGCAUUGUCGUGCGCCUGCGUUGGCUUCCGUACAUUGGUACAUGCAGGUGUGGCCUUUCCGUUUGUUUCCCGCGCCGAGACUGUUCAUUAGGGAUCGCAAUUAUACCCCGCUAUAUUCGCUUUCCGCGUCUUCCUUCCCCCCUGGCUCGCUUCCGCUACAGCUUCCGUUAAUAGCAUCGUAGACUUGGCUUGCUUUCUUGGUAGUGUCGUUGUAGGUUGAUGCAUUGCGGGUUGCUUGGUAAUCUUGAAGAACCCGUGCACUGCCCGUGGGAGUUUGCCUGCCAGAGCAUUUUUGUGGCCGGGCUCCUGCCUUGCUUCUUGUGAUACGGCCUACGUUUUCGGUGGGUCUUUUAUUGCUUAAGCUUGCAUGGCACGUAGCUGUUAGCAGAGCCAUUUUAUUGGUGCCAGGGCUCGCACAUUGCUUACAGGGCGUUCCUGAUUGACGCCAUGCCGACGUAUAGCUCAUACGAUGGGCAUGUUCUACUUGGUAAAUCGCCUUGUUGUUGCACUGUCGUAACGAGUGUGCGUGUGUGCAACAUUGUUGGCAUUUUGCUUGGCAGGAUGCCAUAACAGGAUGGUUGGAAAGCGGGCGCCUUUUGGAUUGCGUUCCGUUUGGUGUUCUUUGCUUGUACGGCACCGGUAACGUAUUGGGUUUGCGCGGUUGAGCAUGCACGCAUGCUAGAUAGGUACCGGUGAUAUUCUUAGGUAUUGUAGCAACAUCAACACUGGAUUGCGGGACAACCAAGUGUUCCCUUUUGCGCGACGCAUCAAAUUGCUGUACAGCACAGCGCGUGCCUAUUAUGUACGGUUCACUCCGUCUGGUUUGGCAACGACUUCCUACAGCUUGGGUUUCGCCAUCUUGCGUAUCCUCUAGCUCGCGAAGUGCCAACCGCACGAAUCCCGACGUUUAGUAACUGGUCAUCGAAGGUCCGCGGAGUGCUGUGCCGUCCAUUGUCCUGAGCGGCCACAUCAAGGCCUGAGGUUUGGGUGGCGUUACAGUGUUUGCAGGAUCUGUUAGCACGGUACGGAUCGCAUUGUACGGCAGCAGGGAUUGGCUUCGGCAUGACAUGGCGUGGCGUGGUUCCUCGUUUCUUUGCCCCGAUGGACGCCUGUCAACUGUAUGGGGCCAGGCAGGCCUGCUGGGAAACCUUGACAACGGUCAUGCACAGGUGUUAUGCGCAGGUGUCAUGCACAGGUUCGCAGGCCUUUGGAGGCGCAGGCGUGUGGUAGAAUGCGGCGGUCAUGGUUGGGGCCGGCGCCGUUGCGGUCACGGGCGUCAGGAGGCUGGGUUUGGGCUCAUGCGGAGCACAGGUUGUCAAGCGCAUUUGCGGAAGUAGGUGGGCUAGAUUUUUUUGUUGGGUUGCUGUAGGUUAUUGUUGGCACAUUGCUGGUUGAUAUGGUAUCGGGUAUUUUGGUAGGCUGGCAGGAGAACCGAGGGGGUGUUUCUGUGAUUCCAUGCACUGUGCACCGUCUUUGGUACUUCAAGGUCUGGGCGGGUGUUUAGCUUUUCCGGUGGGGUUGGUGAGCUGGCGUCUCCUCUUUCCAACCUGGAUACUGGACUGCGGAGCUAUUGCAAGCAGGGUGGUGGUGGUGGUGGAAAUCGAGGGUUGUUCGGCUGCUGAAGCAGUUAGGGGCCCAUAGUGGGUGUUUCAUGCGCGCGUGGGUUCGACUGUUGUACGGUAUUUAAUGCAGCGGUCCCUGGGGACUGCCGCUGCUUAGCAUGCUAAGCGGGGUAGCAUCGUAGAGCAUCCAUUUGUACAUGCGUAUUUGCUGCGUGUCACCCCGGAUUCCUGAAGGUAUGCUCGACAGUGGGCUGUACGCUUGUAACAGGAUAACUGUACGGUGUGUAC